AUGAACAGGUUCCAGUUUUGUGUCCCCACCUUCCGAGUUCAUGGUGUAAAGAGCUUCUUCACUGACCAGCUGGGAAGUUCUCCAACUGUGAACACUGAAGUCAAUUUGGAAUUGUCACGUCCUUGGAAAGUCAACUUAAGCCUUGUCAAACUGGAUCAAGCAACAAAGUUUUUCAAGAGUGUCCUGCCCAGAUAUGGUUCUGAGAUCACCUCCAAAGCUGCUGUCUCUCCUGAAACAGUUUAUAGUAAAGAGGAGAUGUUGACAUCAGCAUCUGGUGUGAGGAUUGAACCUGGAUCAUUUACUGAGAGAACCAUGGAUCAAGGAAACAUUUGGAAAAUGAUGUCCUUCUUUCAGAAGUUUUCUAUCCACACAGCUCAGGUUGUUGUUGCAAUGGAGGCUGUGCCUCAUCCUGACAAGCCUUGCAUUUUGGCCUCUCUUUCAAGUCUAAAGGGAAUCCUUAAUAUAAAAGCAGGACCCAAAUCCACAGGAAUGAUUUUGGGUGCCACAUUUGCACUCCAACUGAAGGAUUUGCUUGUAAAGACCUGCCUGAAAGACAGAACCAGAGCACUAAUUGGCCCAUUCUGCUGUACCCUGCAACUGGACGCUAAGUGGUGCAGGCACAGUGGCGACCCUGACCCACAUCACUCUGUUCCAAAAAUGCUGGUCGACUUGAAAGCUGGACUGAUCCAGAUAUUCUGGGGCCAAGAGCAUCUGAACUGUCUGAAUCUACUACAUGAACUUCUCCAAGGAUAUCUUGGGCAAGAUGCCAAGUCUCAGACAUCAGACCACACACAGCAAUCAUCAUCUGCCAUAGGCAGAUAUCAAGCUUUCAAGACUGAACACAGUUCUGAUGACUUGAGGACAGGGCAGUUUCAGUACAUUCAAGAUGCAGAUGUGCAGAAAUUGCCAAGCAUUUUUGAAGUGGUUUUUUACAAUGAGACUGAUGACCGUCCAGGGAUGAUGAUGUGGAGGUACCCAGAGCCACGUGUCCUCACUCUUGUUAGAAUUAAUCCGGUGCCUUUCAACACAACUGAAGAUCCAGACAUCAGCACAGCAGAUCUUGGCGAUGUCUUACAGGUGCCUUGCAGCCUGCAGUAUUGGGAUGAGCUUCAACAAGUAUUUGUGGAUUAUCGCGAAUUUAGCCUGUCCGAGAGCAAGGCAUGUGAACUGCAGCUUCCUAACGUUACUUUGACUAGUGACCAGAAGGAGCUCAUAGCUUCUGACUUGUGGCGAAUUGUUCUCAAUAGUAACCAAGAAGUGACAGAAGAAUUGAGCAGUGAUGGUGAAUCUGGCUCACAAAGUGUCUGUGACCAGCUUGUGUCUCCAAUGGCAUUGGCAGCCUGCACCAGGGUAGAUUCAUGUUUUGCAGCAUGGUUUGUGCCUUCUUUUGGCAUCUCAUUGCAGUUUGCCCAAAUUGAGCUUCACCUUUGUCAUCAUCUGGAUCAGCUCGGUAGAGCACAUCCCAGCUGUCUUCAGGCAUUCAUCCCUGAUAGAAAGCUGCCUGCAGAGCAAGAAUACAUGAUUGUUUCUCUGAAAAGCCCAAAUGUCUACAUGUGGCAAUGGUCCGAUGGCCCUGUCUACCGAGAGCUCCAGUUCUCUGCGAUCGCCAACUGCAAGCUGCUCGAGUACCGUAACCUAACCAUGACAAGCAUUUUAAAACCCUUCAUCUUUCAUGGGCAAGUAGUCAUUAGCAACAGCUGUGUGGAGCAGCUAAUGGACGGAAAUGUGUUUGUUGACCCAGUGUUUAUCAGUGUGGGGCAACACGCAGUUCAUUCACUGGACAUAGCAGCUCGUGCUUGGAGACAGAAUGAACAUCCAGAGGCAGAGGAGUUGGUCUUCAGCCACUUUGUGAUAUGUAAUGACACUCAGGAGACACUGCGGUUUGGCCAGGUGGAUACUGAUGAAAAUGUUCUAUUGGCCAGUCAGCACAGCCAUCAGUACAGCUGGCGUUCACACAAGUCCCCCCAGCUGCUUCACAUCUGUAUUGAGGGCUGGGGAAACUGGCGCUGGUCCGAGCCAUUCAGUGUGGACAACAUAGGCACAUUUGUUAGAAGUAUCCAGUACAAGGGCAGAACAGCAUCACUGAUCAUCAAAGUGCAGCCACUUAACAGUGUGCAAAAACAAAUAAUUAUUUGUGGAAGACAAGCUAUUUGCAGUUACUUAAACCUGGACGUGGAACUGAAGGUGGUGCAGCAUUGCAGUGGGCAGGAUGGACGCGAGUCGAUCAAGGAACAUCUUUGCUGUUUGCCACUGAAUCAAAAGAUACCAUCUUUUGUUCUUGAGAACACGGAAUUCACUGAGUUGUGCAUCAGGGUUAUGGGAAAUGACACAGACUGGUCACCAGAUGUGCGCCUAGAGACUCUUCAGUCUGAAGACAGCACCGUUAUUCAGGUUCCCAAUUCAAAUGGCUCCAUGUUGCAUGUGUGGUGUACUUGUCUGAACCUGGAUGUCAAAUCCCCUGUACAACAGAGAGUGCUGUUUCUCAGCCCUUUGUUUGUCAUGAGGAGCCAUCUCCCUGAUCCCAUUAUUCUACACGUCGAGAGGCGAAGUUUGGGUUUGAAAGAUCCACAAGUCAUUGCUGGAAAGGGGCAGGAAGAUCCCCUUCAGAAUGUUGAACCAGAAGUCGUGCACCAUUUGACAUUUCAAGCAAGGGAGGAAGAUGAAGCAUCCCAGUGUGCAGUCCCCAUCUCAACAGUCCUCAUUAAACAAAUUGUCCGUGGGCCACAAAGUGAUUGUACUGUUGCCAAGUUACUUAGAGAGUUCUACAACAUGGACACUGAUGCUCGUAACCCUUGGCCCUACAUAACAAAGGAACCUGACAGCAAAAACAGCAGUGAGCUGCUUGCUCAGUGGGACAGUCCAAUGCAAGUUAAACUAUCUGCCUGGAAACCCUGCCUUAAUACACUUCUUGUUGAACUACUACCUUGGGCCUUGUUUGUCAACGAAUCCAAAUGGGACCUCUGGCUCUUUGAAGGCGAGAAGAUUGUUGUGCAGGUUCCUGCUGGGAAAGUAAUUGUCCCUCCAAACUUUCAGGAGCCUUUUCAGAUCGGUAUCUACUGGGCCAGCACAAACACUGUACACAAAUCCACAGCAGUACGACUUGUGCAUGAUGUCACAUCCCCGAAGUGGAAGGAUUAUCCCGUCACUGAUGUCAUUACACUGGAUGAGGAUGGGAUUGCUGAUGCAGAUGUAAAACUUGGAACCUUUCCCGAUCAUCAGAAGCUGUGUCAGUUUUGUAUAUCUUCAGUGGUGCGACAUGGGAUUCAGAUCCUGCUGAUUGAAGACAAGACCGUUAUAACAAACGCCACGGCUCACAAAAUCUACUAUCGCCCUAUGCUCGUCUUCCCAGAACGAACAACACGAAAGGAGGUCCACGUGGUGGAGAGCUCUGUGUUUAGCCUCAGUCCAGCAAGAGCCCACUCUCCGGCUAUGCCAAGCUCCAUUCCUUGCUGGGACCUCCUCGCUGGCGGAAGUCAAGCAGAUUUCACUGCCCCAUUGCCCCAGAAGUAUCUGCUGCUCGGCUACUCUCCGCACGUUGGCAUAAACAGCUGUCACGACUGGAGUCUGCCAACUAUAAUUAGGCAGGAUUUUCCGAGGCAAAGUGUGGCAGUGCCUCUUGGGGAUUCCGGUGAAAGUGGAUUUUGUUCCAGCAUUAGACGUCACCAAGAACGAAGAGCAAUUUUAACCCCAGUUUUGACAGAUUUCAGUGUUCGAAUAACAGCUGCCCCUGCUAUUCUUUUCACCAAACAGGUCUCGCCAGAGAAUACACAGACUGAGGAAAUUAUAGUGUGUGGCCAUUCAUUGGAAGUCAAUGUUACGACAAGCCUAGACUUCUUCCUCAGUGUAGCUCAAGUUCAGCUCUUACAGGAAUUAAUACAGGUCAAUAUGCAUGAAUUGGAGCUUGUUGAUCCAACAACAGAGAAUUGUCAAAAAGAACAGAAUAAGACCACUCCUGCAGAAGGAAGUCCAAUGGAUACUUUGUCACGCCACAGUGGAGCUCAGGACAGUGGCAUUGGGAGUGACAGUGCACGAAUUCGGAUUGUUCAAAUUGAGCAGCAAAGCGGAACUAGUCAUCAUCGCCUUGCAAGGCCUUCCCGCCAGUCUUCCAUUGUGAAAAAUUUGAAUUUUAUCCCAUUUGAUAUAUUUGUCACAGCCAGCCGUAUUUCAUUAAUGACCUAUUCAGCAGCAGAUAGUUCCAAAUCAAGGUCCCAGCAAGAAAGCCAGAGCCAGAAGGUGAGCGACAAACUUGGCAGGAGUACGCUAAACCGGAAAAGUAUGGAGAUCGAUGGCGUGCCUGAGAAUAAAUCAGGCCAGCCAGGGAUUGCAGUGCUGACAGCUGAGGAUCUACUGAAUAGUAAUCCUCCAUUGAGCAUAGGGAAGGUUACCAGUCACUUGUCACUAGAGAGCCUUCAUACACCAAGCAGAUCAUCAGCUCGACAAGCUCUUGGCGUCACUGUAGUCCGGCAACCAGGCCGCAGGGGAACAAAUGAUCUUCAGCUGGAGCCCUUCGUGUACUUAGUGAUAGCCCAACCUUCCUUGUUAGUGAGUUGCCAUCACCGGAAGCAGAUGGUGGAUCUGUCAUUCUUUGAUGCCACGUUGAAAGCUGUCCCGCCAGACUACAAGUGUUUGGAUCCUGGGAAGACUCUUCCAGAAGCUCUAGACUACAGUGUGUUUUGGUUGCAGACUGUUGCAGGUGACGUUGAUCUGAAAGCUGGCAUUCCCCCUCCGCUCAUCUCUUUUCAAAUCAAAGACUUCCUCAAUGGGCCAGGUUUGUUGAAAGGAAUGCUGCACUGA